UGCAUCCGCGCGCAUGGCAGGGAACACCAGCCCCUGCGCUUCCCCUGCCGCCUGAGGGCGUCCUUCUCGCUCAGGAGCCCAAGAUUUGUGCAGCGCCAGCCCGCUCUCUGUUCUCUCAGACUUUUGGUCCCUUCAGGCAGCGCAUGCUCUCAGGUGCUGUGGCUUGGGGAUCUGUGUCGCGGCGCCCUUGGAGGAGGGACAAAAGCCAAGAUGGAUAUUCAGACAUGGUAUUUGAAAACUUCAAAGCUGGCGCUGGCUUUGGCGAUUAUCCACUCGAAACCAGCAGACAAAAGCAGCAGAGAAUAUACAGAGCACCUUGCCACCUUGGUGACCCAGCAGGAGUCCAAAUGGAAAUCAAAAGUUGAAGCUUUAGAAGCUGAAGUUCUGCUAUUACGUCAAAAACUGUUCCUGAGUAGGAUUUCUUCAGGAUUGCUGAAGAAUGGACAUGAUGUAUUCCCCCCAUUGCCAGAUCAGGAGCCGACAAGUUCUGAAAAUACAUUGGCUUUGAUGGACGACUCUGGCUGUGUUUUAUCAAAUGAACAAAGAAGUGAAUCUGCAGAGUUGUCCCAGCAUGCUGUGGAGAGCUGCAGUCCCCCGUCCCUUCUACCACUGCCUCUUGAGAAAAAGCCAUGCACCACCUUGGAGAAUCCCCCAUCUUCUCACUUGCAGUUCUUGCAACAUCUGCUUGAACUGAAGAAACUGUCAGAAUCCAGUAGUCUGAAAGUAUACUUAACCCACUUUGAGAAAGACUCCUCCACAGUUUCUGAUUCUGUCUCACAGUUAUUAGAUGGACUGAUCACAUUUUACCGUAACCCCAAACUCCCUUUCUCAAGUUUUUGGAUGGAAGCUGUUGGUAUAUUAGCUAGACUGGCAAGUGAUUUUAAUUUAUCUAACCAUAUUUUAAAAAAAUGUUCUAAGAAGUUGGAAGAAUUUGAGAAAACUCUACUUCAGACUAUUUUAGGGAAUAGCAGUAUAAACCGGUUCCAGGUGCAGCAUUAUGUCUCUCAGAGUCUCGUGACCCUAGGAAGUUGCAGCUUGUUGAGGAAGUCUAUUAUAUUGCUCCUGCUAUCAGAAGUGAACAGCUUUGUGGAUGACCUGGGAGCCAUCAAUCAGGUUCAAGGCAAUUAUGAUGUGACACGCUAUGAAAAUAUUUUCUCUCUGUUCUGGAUUCUGGAGCAACUUCUUCAACAAGAAACGCAGGGAGAUCCCACUUUACAUAUUGAUCACAGCAGCCCAGAAAUCCAGACAUUUCUUCAGAAGCAUGAUGAAACCAUCUUCCAACUUUCAGAUGCGUUUCCUUUAUUUACUUUUUACUUAUGGAGAUUGGGCAUUCUCUUGAACUCAGAAGAGAUGGAGACUGUUGAGAAUGAGUCGUUUCCUUAGCAGUCUACCAUAUAUCAGAAAAUGGUGUGCUUAAAUUUUUCAAAGAUGUUUUUAAAUGUGUAAUUUAAACUGAUUGACCAACCUAAUUAUUAACUAAAUUUAGUGAUAAGUCUUUCUCAGAGGAGAAGGUGAAUCUCUGUUCUAUAUUACAAUCAGGCAAUUUCAGUUGACAAUGCCCUCAUAUUCAUGUAUUGUGUCUUACUUCACUCAAAGUCUAUCUCUGUUCUCUAAAGUGGACCAGCCAUUGUCUAUCUCAUAAUAUGUAGUGAAUUGUGAAAAUUCCCAUCUGAUAUAAAUGUACAAAUUGUAAUGAAAUACAGAUUAAACUUCUGUCAUUUAACACACUUAAAUACAAGGUUUAAAUGAUAAAAAUAAAAAUGUAUUCUGUAGUUGUAUUCAUGUCAUUUGCCUCUUGAAGAAUAGUUCUACAAAAGGAGGAAAGGCUUUGGGAACAGCCAAUUUUUAAUUUUACAUAAUCAACAUAUUUGUUAAGUAUUUUUGAAGUAUUAAUUAGUUCUUUAAAAUGUCUGUUUUUAAAACAAAUUUUUUGUUGAUUAAAAACAU